GACCUUGGGGUAAUAAUUACUAUUAAGAACGCAGCGCAUUGACAGUCGCUGCCCACAUUCGUACGUAGUGGUAAAGAGCUUCGACGACGGCGUCCGGUGUUGUUAUUGUUAUGCAUUAAACAGUGAAAAGUUAGACAAGACGGGACUAACUUCCUAUCUUAUGCCCAGAAUUACAAGUUACUUUCCGUUUUAACUGAUCGAACCGGAUUCCUCGCUGCAUUCCAUGAGUCAAUCGAAAAAAAACCUCGCGGGGUCACGGUUGGCCGAGAAACACCUCGAAUACCUGAUCGUCCUCAUCCAUCCGUGCGCGGUAAUCGGACGGCUCUGAAUGUUCUGCCUGCUACGAUCAUAGUAAAACUUUGAUGUUCAAUUUUAUCUGUGAAGAUGUGAUGUUGAUUGUUUCGGCUUGGAAGUGUAAUUAAAAUGUUUUAUCUUCUGAGAUAAAGCUUCUCAUACGUUUAUCAACACACGCGUCUGCUACUUAUACGUGCUGUAUCCUAUAAAUAAUAUGUUUUUUUGCACUUACAAUUAGUCAAAGAAUUAUUAAGAUUACAUUUGUUUGAAUUUGUUGUAUGAACUUUUUCACCUCAAGAUGUAUAACAAUCACCAUCAAGGAAUUUAUACCAUUCGGGGUGACAUGUGCUACGAAAACAAGCUCAUGGCAAAUGUGGCGCUACCUGAGCGUCCAAUGGAAGCAACAUGCCUCACAGUACCGGAAAGUGACCUAGCAAGUGCUUCUACGAACACAUGCAAACAAAGACGAAAUCAGUUCUUGAAUUUUCCGUUCAUUUCCAACGUUGUUAUAGCAAUAAUAGUUGGAGUUUUACUAUUUCUCCUCGAAUAUGGCUACUUUCCCCAAAACAAACUCGGUUACUUUUGUAAGGACCCCUCUAUAUCCAAGUCGUUUAAUGGCGAUACAAUCACCUGGGUCAUACUCCUGGUCGGCAGUCUUGGAGGUCCGUUGAUCAUUUUCUUUGUAAUCGAGUAUGAGGCUGAAGUCAGUUUAAGUAGAUACUGUUGCCUAAGGGUAUGCAAAUUGUAUAGGGACUUCAUUAUUGGUGGUACUUUUAAUAUUAUGAUCGUCGAGGUGGCCAAAUCCAUCGUGGGAGAACACAGGCCACAUUUCAUUGCCACGUGUGCUCCCAGCAAACAUGAAACGUGUGAGGCCGGCUCUUAUAUCACCGAUUACAUUUGCACCAUCGGUAAUAAAAGUCGAUACUUUGAGAUCGACUCGUCUCGAUCGUUCCCUUCUGGACAUGCGUCUCUGUCAGUAUUCGUUGGGCUUUUUUGUGCGGCAUACAUAAAUCGUCGUUUAAAUGUGAAAAAGACAGGCAUCGUUUUCAAAAUCUUCCUCAUGUUCAUAUGUAUCGCGUGGUCAAUGACAUGUUCCUUAACAAGAAUAACAGAUCAUCGUCAUCAUUGGUGGGACGUCUUAUUUGGUAGCAUCAUUGGCGUGGUAACUGUUUAUUACACAGUGAAAAGUUUGUGUAAUAAUUUUGAAACAGACUAUCAGUCAAAACCAUCGAAACCUACAGCAUCUGCAAGUACAACAGCACUUCUUGAUUUGAAAAAUAAAGACGCUACGAGCGUCAUUAUCUAAGAAAUCAGUUAAUAUAAUAGGCAAUUAAAACAAGAAAAAAUGUGCACGUGGGGUUUUUAAAAACGUUAUGCAAUUAAACAAAG